UAGACAUGAAAGAAAAACCACAAAACCCUUAUGCUGGUACAAAAUGUAUUAUGUAUGAUUACCUGUGAGAUUAGUAACUAAUGGGCAGGGAUUUUAUGGUUGAUUUCCUACAAGUUGCUCUUCUAGGGAAGUUAAUGUAUAAUGACAUAUUGUUAAUGUUUGUAAAGCUGAGCUGGGUUAAAAUGAUGGUGGACACUGGGCUCCAGCUGCAGUGUUUAUGUUGUCGCUAUAUUAUUAUAAUUGUGUGGACUUUAUUCCUAGUCAGUAAUUCACUAGACUGUCUGCACUUGCCGACAAUUCAGCUAUGUACACAGGAAAGGGUAGGAUAUUAGAUACAUUUAGUAGGAGAGAUAGGGAACAGAGCAGAGUAACAAUGUGUGAGUUUCAGGGUUAUUGCAUGAACCUAGAAGGAAAUGAAAGAAAUUAUUAAUUCAUGUCAUUCACAUAAUGGACAAUGGCUUCAGUUUUUCCCUUUUUCGUCACAGAUAGAAGAUAACAGCUAGUUUGAAUGAAAGUGCAUUAAGCAGUCUUCACAUAAAUAGUGUUUCGCGUGGACGUUGAGCCUUAAAGCAUCACCCAGCAGGUAUCCACGUCUCGUCCACAGGCAGCUUUCACUUGCAGAAGGAAGACCGUAGCAAACAUUACGCUGCUCCUCUGCUUUUCUUCCUCAUGCAGGUUCCCAGCUGAUGUUGUAACAUGGAGACCACAGCGUUCACCUUCUGGCUGCUUUUCCUGUUCUUCAGCCCAGCUGUUCCUAUGUGUUUACCUACUGACUUCACCCUGUAUGUGGAGAAGCCUGAGUGUGACUUCUGUGUGGCAGUAAACACCACUAUCUGCAUGGGAUUCUGCUACUCAAGGGACAGCAACAUGAGAGAUAUACUCGGCUCACGCUUCCUCAUCCAACGAGGCUGCACCUAUGACAAGAUGGAGUACCGCACCGCCAUCCUGCCGGGAUGUGCCCUCGACGCCAACUCUGUCUUCACGUACCCUGUGGCUCUCAGCUGCCACUGUGGCGCUUGCAACACUGAAAGUGAUGAAUGUGCGCACAGAAGCAGUGUGGCCACAGCGGUGUGCACCAAACCGGUGAGGCGGCUGUACCCGUACCCUGCCCAGAGCAACUACAUCAUCCCUUUCUAAUCUUUUGUUAUGAGGCAUACACUAAUAUCUGUAUUAUUAUGUUUAUGCCAUGUCUGUUCUGUUUCUGUACUUUGUAAUUUACAAUAGAUCAGCAUGAAUACUUAUCUUCUGCACUCAUGCAUGUGUUACUCUUAGACUCUCGCCAAAAGAGACGAAGCUAAUGGAUUAAAGUUAAACUCUUUAAACAGCUCUCUGACUAAGCUGUGGUUGGCUUAAUACAGUAGGUUUCUGUUGACAACAUAACAAACACAAGGUCAUGAUACUUGUGUUGACCGUCACAUGAUUGAUGACACACCUCUUCUUGUGGGCGGGUGAUCAGGGGAUCAGUUCACAAUGUACAGUACACACUACCAGCCCUCAUUUGACAUAGUUUGUGUGUAGUUUCCACAUUGCAGGACCUUGAGAGGACAGCUGGAGUUUAUUAAUAGCUCAGUAGUUUAUAGUUGGUCAGUGAGCAAGUUCAUCAUGAGACGUCUGUGUCAUCACUUUAAUGACUUUUCUACUUUUUGUAUAAGAAUGGCUCCUUAUUAUUGCCUGUGUAAUGAUUACAACAAUUAUAUAAGGUUCAUACACAAACCAGCCUCUAGUUCCUUAUUUAGAAGUUAGAAACCAUCUCAUUUGUAUUUGAAAUAAUAUUUUUUUAAUCCUCGAACUUUGCUUUCGUCAAAGAAUCUUCCUUUUGUUAAUUUGUUGUGGUAAUCUGGUAAUCUGGGCCUUCUGAUGCAAUGAACAGACACAUUGUAUCAUUACUACACUGCAGUGACAGGUGCUGGGAAUGGGCCUCUAUACACCUAAGUAAAUAUUGCAGCAAAAAUCAAACAUUUGCAGCAAUAGUCAUUUACCACAUCAUUUACAUUUAACAGUGUAUUUCUGAAUCGUUCACUGCAAAAAAAAGUGCCUUUCUGUCAAAAAUAGGGACAUUUCUAAGUGACCCCAAACUUUUUAACGGUAGUGUAUAUAUGUGUGUUUGUAUGUAUGUAUGUAUGUAUGUUUUAUUAGCAUACAUGUGUAUAAAAUUAUAAAAUGUUCUGCUCAAA